AUGCUGGAGGAAAAGAAGGCCAGGGAUUUCCAGGAACAGGUCUCAGCAGAUAAAGGGAAAACACUGAAGACCAGCGAGACCCCUAACUCUGAUGCUGGUACAGCCAACGGCACUGCAAAAAGGAUCCAAACCAUCAACCCGUCACGCCGGUGAGGACAGAAAUCUAUCUUUGUACCUUUGUUUGGAAAGAGGUCGUGCAUCUCAACUUAGUUUUAUGUCCUCAACGGGAUGUUUGAAAAUCAGAGUCAAACCGGUUUCCUGUAUGGAAAGCACAGGAAGACAAGAUUUUCUCUAAUCACUGUCAGGAAUAUUUUUAGUGUAAAAUAAUUUUGAUUUCUUAGAUUAUUUUAACGCACCAUAGCCGUAAUAAAUCAGCCUGAAAACACAACAAUGUUCAGGCUGAGUCUGGAGUGACCACAUUCUCGUACGGCCAUGUGUGCAUGCAGCACAAUUAGCAAGUGUGAAAUAGACCUCUGGUAUUAACCUCGGCGAGUCCGACCGACCUUACAGCUAAAACAAGAAGACAACUGUUUGUGUGAGCGUUACGUCUGUGUGUGCUGGGGCUUCAUGUGUGGAAAUCCAGGGCUUUAAACGUUUUCCUUGGCUAUGCAUGGUAUCCAUAAUGUCUGGGAUCAAAAAAACAACAAAGACGUGUUGUGAAAUUUAAUGGCAGUGGUGAGAAAUGUUGGCAGAUAAUAGCUUCAGUGUUGAAGUGCGAAUCUAAGUAUGAGGUAUGAUACGACUGUUGGACCAGGAAAAAAACUAUUUCAUAAGAAGUUUUUAGUCCAGUUCAAGUCCAGAAACAUUAGGGGGGGCAUAAAGAAGGCAUAUGCUGCAUUCCAGUUGUACUUGGAAGUCGGAAUUUCCGAGCUCCGAGUCGGAUUUCUGACUCGGAAAGUCGGACGAUCCUCACCAACCCCAACCUGGUGACAAUGUGAUAUUCCAAGAUGGCAGCGCAGUGCAUCAACAGUAAAAAGUACUGUGUUGUGCGUUGUUGACAACUGGUAUCGCUGACAACAGCUAACAACAACUGACAAUGGCUAAUGACAGCUGAUAAUUGUAAACAACAGCUAACAAUGGCUAAAUGUAGGCGUCUAUCUUGGUUUUUCGAAAUUGUUAACUGGAAUGCCGUCAACUUGGUCGUAACAUCACUCCCAGCUCCGACAUCUGGCCUCCGAGGUAACUGGAACGUAGCAAUAGUACUCAACUGUAUCCUCCAAAUUAUGCUGCGUUCCUGUUACCUCAGAAGUCGGAUGUCGGAGCUUGGAAUGACGUUAACCCAAGUUGGUGGCAUUCCAGUUAUCGAGUCAGGAAAACCGCUACCAUCUUGGAUUAUGAUGUUGUCGUCAAGUCGGGGUUGGUGAGGAUUGUGCGACUUUCCGAGUCGGAAAUCUGACUUCAGGGGGGCGUUCCAGAUGAAUUCCCAACCUCGGAGCUUGGAAAUUCCGACUUCAGAGUACAACUGGAAUGUAGCAUUAGGACAUGGACAGAAUAUCUGGGCUCAGCUAGGACGUUGAGGUGGUCUGGUUUGGUGGCUGCUUUUUGCAGAUGACAUGGUCCCGUUGGCUUCAUCAACCCGUGACCUUCAGUUCUCACCGGAUCAGUUUGUAUCGAAGUGCGAAGUGGCUUGGAUGAGAACCAGCACCUCCAAAUCUGAGUCCAUGAAUUCCAGCUCCAGGUUGAGAUCCUGCCCCGAGUGGAGGAGGUCAAGUAUCUAGAGUGGAGUUGGAGAUCGACAGGUGGAUCGAUGUGGCGUUACGGACGAUGCACAGGUCUGUCGUGGUGAAGAGGAAAACCGGUCGAUCUACGUUCCUACGAUCAUGAAAUGUGGGUCGUGACCGAAAGAACAAGAUCGCGGGUUCAAGUGGCUGAAAUGAGUUCCUCCUUAGAGAUGGGGUGAGACGGAGUCAGAUGAGGUGGCUUGGGCAUCCAACCAGGACGGGGAAGACCCAGGACACGCUGGAGAGUCUGUGUCUCUUUGCAGGCCUGGGAAUGUCGCAGGUGUAACCGUCUCGUACCAUAACGCCGUUAUAGAUCCUGGCUCGCAUUGAUGGGAUGAUAGCAUUAAAGGAAAGUAAACACCACCUCAUCCUCCUGCUGUGUAAAUGUUUGUGAGCUAAAGUGGAAGAGAGGGCUAAAGGCGAUAAUGAGCGGGAUCGGUAUGAGACUUAUGCAAUAAACAAAGGAGUUAAAGGUGAAACGAAGAAAACGGCGGUCCUGUGUGUGUGCGGCACAAAGGCUUAAGGACGCUUUCUAUGCGAGGUGUCAAAUAGCUUCACUCUGCAGCACAGCUUUGAGGAUUUAGACAGCUGGAUUUAGGAGUGUUUAUGUGUAUGUGAGGAACAGAGAGUGUGAAUCUAAUUUACCUCCAUCUCCUCCUUGUCUCUAUUUUCAGGUUUUAUUUCAGCUCUGUCAUCCGACGCGUGUGUCACAUUUUAUUUAAAGCUCGAAUCACACAAACACAUCAAUUCUUCGCUGUUGCAUCAUUAAGUUUCAGAUUCAUGAGUCUAUAUUUGAUGGUUGAGGUUAAAGUUAUGAGGAUUUUUAGACUGAAACAAGUUCUUCAAACUAAACGCUGAUUUAUAACCCGACUGCCCCCACACGGCCUCUGAUGAUGAUUUAAAGGCUCCUUCACCUUGAGACAAGCCGACCUUGUACUCUUACCUUGGCCAUAACCUCGUCUCAGUCGCACUCACAUUUAGCCUACACACUCACCAUAUGACCAAACAGCUCGUAAAUGUCUGAGCUGUGCGUGUGUGUGUGUUAGAAAGAGAGAACAGGUGGAUUUUAGAGCGCAGCUGCUGCUCUCUUUUUACGAUCCGAGUUUAUUUCUCAGUCCCUCUUUCUCUUGACUGCACAGACUCCAGAAUCCCUUUUAACCAAGUUCAACUUUUUUUUAUUUUUUUUAUUUUUUGCCCUCCUAGUGCUUUUUUUUUUUUUUUAAUUUGUGCAGUGUGACAAUACAAGACAUACAACAAACAAUGGCAUUUGUGGUUUUGUGUGUGUGUGUGUUUGUGUGUGGUGUGUGUAUUAUAUAUGUGAAUAAUAAUGGAAAAAAAUAUAUAUAUAUAUUACAAUUGUCAGACAAGCAAAAGAAAAUUAUAAUACACGAACAAUAUCAAUAAUAAUAAUAAUAAUAACAACAAUAAUAGUAAUAAUAAUAAUAAUAAUAAUAAUAAUAAGAAGAAGAAAUUUGUGGUCCACCAAGUUCAACUUUUAACAGAGAUAAAAAUCACUUUUUCAUUUUUUAAAGAUUGUCUUCCAUUGACGAAAAAAUGAAUCACGGCAUGUCUGUAUAGGCGAUUUUUUUUUUACAGUAGCUCAGACCUUUCCGAUCAGAAUCUUCCGAUCGACAUGUUACGUAACGCAUCUUUAUCCCGAUCGGGCAUUUAUUCCGAUUAUUUGUGCCCAUGUAAACGCAGCUACUGUCCCGCUCUGAGUCCUUGCGUUUUCUCCCACUCGUUGACACUCAACACUUUGACACAAUGCUGCACGCCUUCCCCGCUUGUUUUACCACUCAGGCUGUUAUUACUUCGCUCAAAAUAACCUCCAGGUCGAGAUGAACUCACUUUAGUGCUAAAUCGCAGACUUGCAAAGCAUUAGCGUCUCCUGAUGACGUGGUCGCUUUCUGUUCGGCUCUAUUAGCUCAUCUAGCCGUGAAAAGAGUUUCUGGGUCAACCAUCCAGUCCUGCCUCAGAAUCACAUAUUAACCGUGAUCGCUGUGGACAGGACUUCCUGGUGCUGAGCUGCAAGUCAGCGGCGUGAUUCUUCAGUUGUGUGCAUGCAGGAAAAAAUACUCAAUUUAUUAUUCCAAACUUACAAGUAACAUUAUUCUUGUCCUUGGAUCUUUUUAACCGCAUUAUCAGACCCCUGAAAUAGAAAAUCUCCAUAUCAGCUGAUACGGUGUCAAGUAUAAUGUGUGCUUCUUGAAAUGACACAUAGCUCAACGGUGAUGAAAUCUUUUCCUCAGCUGUAAAUGAAGCCAAAGUGUGAUGAUAUUAUAUCAGACACACGUGGUCACUCUGGCCCACAUGAGGCGGUAUCACUAUCGUUUCAGGCUGCCAACUCAUUCUGGCUCCGUGUGAGAUCAGAGGAAAAGUAUUCCUGAGAGGAUUCAGACUGAUCGCUGGUGAAAGAUCUCACACUUGUACCCGUGUACUGACAUGGCCGAGGUACAGGUUCUUAAAGCGUAAAAUUAAUUAAGGGUCAAACACACUGUAACACUGAGUUAGAAUCCAGAGAUGAAUGUUGCCGACCGCUUAAUUCUCUAGUUAUACCAACUUAAGUAACGACUGCAGGAUAGCAAUACAGAGAGCCACGCGCUCAACCAAAACGCCACUCUAUAGCCACAAAUAAUGCUCAGAACAGCACCUAACUUCAUCAACAGGACAUAUAGGUUCACAGACAUAGUACUAGACACCAAACAUCUUUUUGACUUUGACUAAUUUCUUUAGCAAAGAGACUAAACACAACUCACCUACUCUCUUCCAGCAGCUGCUUGUUUGUACAAAUACCUCUGGGCGAGUCCAUCGGCUACAGCGGGGUGCUGCAGCUCAAGGAAGAACAUUUAUGAUCAUUUCUUCAUGGAAAUACAAUCAGACCGAGACGCUAAGACAGAAGAACUACCGAGUCUGCAGUGCAAAAUAAUUAAUAUGAAGAUUAUUACUUCAAGGAAACGAUAAAGUAAUGAUCAUAAAUGUUCUUCCUUGAGCUGCGGCACCCCGCUGCAGCCGAUGGACUCGUCCGGAGGUCUUUGUACGAACAAGCGGCUGCUGGAAGAGAGUAGGUGAGUUGUGUUUAGUCUCUUUGCUAAAGAAAUUAGUCAAUUCGUUCAUUGGACAUUUAGAAGAAUCCACAUUUCUCACUUCAGCUCAACUGGAAGUGGAAGUGAUUCGGUUUAGUACCUUCACUUUAAAGACUCGGUUAUUUUGAGCGAAUCGUUCGCGAAUGACACAACACUAAUGUUUGGUGUCUAGUACUAUGUCUGUGACCCUAUAUGUCCUGUCGAUGAAGUUAGGUGCUGUUCUGAGCAUUAUUUGUGGCGUUUUGGUUGAGGUUUGUUUAUGGCUCCUCAGACCGCUGUGUAUUGCUAUCCUGCAGUCGUUACUAAAGUUGGUUUAACUAGAGAAGCAAGCGGUCUGCAACAUUCAUCUCUCGAGGCAGUGUCUAACUCGGUGUUACAGUGUGUUUGACCCUAACUUAAUUUUACGCCAGAAUAUUCCUUUGAGUGAAAUCAGCAUGGUGGGCGCCGGAUAUUCACAGCUUUUAUCAUGUGGGUGUGAAGACGCUAAAAGGAGCAGAGGUUCCAGCCUCAGACUCACCAGAGAAACCUCAAAAACUCUGUCGCACGAGCCACGUCUUUAUUUACUGUCCCGUACUUCCUGCCAAGUCACUUAUUAAUAGAGGAUGAAAAUGAGCUCAUAGGACGAUGAUCCUGGCUUGGUUUUGUGUUGCAGAGUUACAACAUGUAGCCAGUCAGGGUCAUUAAUAAAAAACGUCAUGAAUGUGUCAAAUAGCUAUUCCUAGAAUUACAGAAAUAAAUGAUUUAAAGGUCUCUAAAGACCAACUUUAACCCGUCAAACUCUCUACAAGUGUCGGAAUAUUUCAGAAUGACCACUCCCUCUCCUUCCUCUCUCCUUGACUCCUUCCUCACAUCGCCUGUCAGAAAUAUCAGGACAUAUUAAAGCGCCAGCGCUGCAGAAAGAUUAAUUACGUCUGGAGCAUAGCAGCAGCAGGGUUUGCCUGGUUUGGGUUACACUGCGCACUCCCUGUCAGCACUGCAGGAUCAUUUAAAACCAUCUGUGCGGCGCUGGGCGUGUUGCUGAGGGCGCAGGGAUUCCCAGUAGCUGCAGGAGUGAACACAUAACCUAAAGGCUGGUUGAUGAAAGAGGCUCCGGCGGCAUGAUUGGUGAGGGUGGGCGGCAACAAAAAAUGUCAUAACCAGGUUUUAACUUUCACUGUGACGAAAAUAAAGACCAGAGAGGGACGGAAAUAAACAGAAAAACAUGGAAAAACACCCGGCACAUGUGAAUAUACACCUGAUCACAGAAAAAUAACAUUAGCUGAAGUUUUAAGGGUUAAAUUUCAGAGAAGGAGACUCAAUAAAAUCUGUGUGGGUUAUCAAGGUAGUCCACGCUGAGGUCUCGGCCAUGAGAGUAGACCUCUGUGAGGACAGCGAUGACAGCUGACAAUAAAAUAACACAUACUCUGGCUCCGCGUCCUCUUAAAGACAAACAUAGAUACACACACACACACUCACUCACACUGCUGCAGGGCUGCCAAUCAGCUGUUGUGUCGUGGUCAGGUGUUAAGCCCUGUGGUGCAGAGGAAGGGAUAAAGAGGAUAUAUUUAUUAAUUUGCUGUGAUACUCCUCGGAGAAUAAUCCUUUAAUGAAAAUAUUCAUCAUCACCCUCUGAUACACCGUUGAGUCAACAGUCUGUAAAGUCAAAAGCUGUUUAUUGUCAAAAGCUUGAGGCUCUCAGACGGCUGUGGGGACACAAUAUAUCUGCUGUUGGGCCUUUAAGCGAAAUGUACCUUUAAUAAAAAGCAGUGUGAGGUUGUCAAUUGCAAUUUAUUUCAAGUGACGCUAAAAUGAAAAUCUUUAUAUAAAAUCUUUUAUUUCUCUAGAUGAUGUUACUUUUGGAACGAUACUACCAAGUAAGAAUGAUGAACUCUGUUGCAAUGUAGUCUUAUGUCUUGCCAAAUGUCAUCCCCCAGAUUUACUGUUUUCAUAAACUAAUGUAAAAUGUAUUUUAAUUCUCUUAAAACUUUUACUGGUUUGAAGGAACAAAAGUUAUAUGAUAACUUCAAGAAUUUUCCCGCGAUAUGAACAGCAAAAAAUAUAUCUUAAAAAAGAAAGAAAACCCUUGUCAAAUUUUGCAUAGCAUAAAUAAUUUUAUUUAUUCCAAGUAACUUUGAUGUCUCUGUUUGCUUGUUGUUCUUUAUUUUAUUUUUUUCUUUCCCAUAUUGUUGAUAUGAUAUGUUAUUUCAAUAUUGAAAUCACUGUAUUAAACUAACUCUGCUAUGUUUGGAAUUAUAAUUUUGGUAACUCUGAAUAAAGCAUUUAAAAAAAAAAAGUUUUAAACCUGCUUCUUAUGGGAUAUUUGUUGUAAAAACAUGAUUGAUUGGACAUCAAUCAAUUAAUUGACCAGAGUGGUAAAACUCUAGUUUCUGUCCACAGCUUGACUGUAUUUUAAUGCAAAUGGCCGAGCUUUUAUUUUGAAGGCAGGGCACCGGCACCGUUUCGACAUUUCCCGGCAGUUUCCGACGGUUGAGGGUUAAUUGCGGCGAGCAUCGAGGAGAUACGACAUGGCCCAUUAAAGCUGCAAGAUAUUCCUGAAUAACGACAGGUAUGCGGCAAAAAAACGACCCAUAAACUCACGGAUUGUGUUGGUGUGCAGUUUCAGCUUCUGGUUCUGAAGUGUUUCAACGUCGGUUUGUCGCCAGUGUUGCUGGUUACGCCGCGUCGGCCAUGCUAGCUGAGUUUCGCUUCGUUCAGUCUGACUUUGUGCCAACAAAUGGAAUUAUUGGGAAAUAGUUUCGAGGUUUUUGAAGGUGCUUUGUUUUACAGCUCAAUGUAGAGUCAACCGUAACGGCUUGUCAGAGUGGAAGUCAAACAUCUACGUUAUCAUCCAGACGCUGAGAUCUAAUGCUAACGAUUGUAGCCGUUGGUGUAGCUGUUUGCUAAAUGUUCAUGAUUGUUAAAGGGUCAUGUUGGUUGAAUGUAUUUGUUGGUUAGAUGCACUUGCUGAGCCGGAAACAUACAGGAUCCGUAUUGAACGCGUUCCGUAUCCGCUCCGUCGAGCAACAGUGGGUAUUGCGUACAGGAUUCGUAUUUGGAGCGUAGUAGCAGCAGCAGCAGCAGCGUAAUGCGGGGCUGCACUCCAGUGCUGCUCUACGCGCUCAAUACGGAUCCUGGAUGUUUUCGGCUUUAGUUAACCGUUUAUGUUAGUUAAAUAUCCCUAAUGAGAAAAAAUUGAAGUUUCUGUGUGACACAGCAACUAAGGAAAUUUUGGAGCUGACGCUGAAGUUAACAUCCUAUUCACAGUUUCAGGGUUUUGGAAGCAAGGUCCAAAAUCACGGUGCCGAUAUUAAGGGUACAGGGUCAGAGGGUGUCUGGAGGAUAUUCUGUUCUGUUCUUGUGGAAGUGAAACUGUUUUGGAGUACUUUUCACAGCACUUGAAACUGGUGGGGGCCUGAUUACAGUUUUUGGCCGAUAUCGAUUUACUCUGAAUUUAAUCUCUCUGCUGUGUCUGUGGUGUUGGUACCUUUUCUAAAUUUGGCAUGUUUAAUUGCUUGCUGAGCGGUUGAUGACACUAACAGAUUUCUAACAGAGUGAGUCUGUGAGUAAAAUACGAGUUUUUGCAUGGGUUCACUAGUUAGCCAGUAUUGUUGUCUGGUUGUCAUACUGGACUUUAUAAAAACAGUCGAUUAUCAAACAUAAAAUCUACAGUUAUAAGAUACUGAACUUUAAGAUGUGCUUUUUUUCCUGCUGCAAAACAUUUAUUUUAGGAUCCACAGAGAGAACAAAUGAGUUAUUGGUUUUAUUAUGUAUUCACAGGAACAGCAUUGACUUUGUUUCUUCACUUGAUCUGUGCUUUUACCUCUCCUUCAUUUCUUGCUAGUGAAGACCAAGAAGAGAAAGAGAUGCCAUCAGUGUGUCCCAACAGGAAGCACCAGCCUUCACAGCCAACACCUGAUCUUCCAGAUGGUGGAUUUCUCCCAUCCAUGACGAUGAUGUACUGUCCCGUUAAAUAAUCCCUUCCUUUCUUUCUUAACUUUUCAGCUUUUCAUCACCCUUGGAGCACUGCACCCCCUGUCCCACUCCCAGGCCCCUGACGGGCCCUCAAGUUGGAGGGCUCCCAGGGAGCUCACUCCUGUUUGGCCAGCAGGCGGCCACCUUACGGCUGGCUCAACUAAAAGCUCAGAUUGCAUUAGCACAGAUAAGCAACGCUCUGUCUUUUGGCAAUCCGAGUGCAACCUUUACAAGCAACUCCAACAAAUCUGUUCCAUAUGUAUCUUCUGCCCCUCCCUCCCCAACCGCUGCAGCCAUAAAUCUUCUCAACCUCCUGAAGAUAGCAAACACCAUGUCCCAUCCACUGUAUAACCCGUAUGCUUCUGGGAACCAGAGUUCAUCCCAGGGGCAGUAUGGGCGCUCCGAUGCAGAGAGGGACCCUCGGAGGGCAUCAUCCCUUCAUGGACCUGGUUCAAGCCUUAGUUCCUCCCGUUCCUCCUCUGCUGUUUCAAACAACUCUGGACGGAUGAUUCCGCCCUUGAUGCCUCAGUUGAGAAACUACAGGUCUGAACAAAGCAGGACUGCAACAGAUGCGGGCAUUUCUAGUCCUGUGAACGUACAUAUGAACAAAGCCAGGGAGGAAGUUAGACAUGUUGAAAGAUCAGGGCACCGGUCCCUGGACCAGGACGCUCACUUUUCCAGUACAUUUAGAGAGGAAUUUGGCUCUUCAGACACACGGUUGGGUUCUCAACCGAUGUCUUCUACCUAUCUGGGACAAAGACACAACUUGAAUGUCCAGGGUGGCAGCAGCUCCUUGGACUGGUCUUCUAAAUAUAACAGACCCACUGCCAGUGACUCUAAACCGUUUUCCCAGUCUGCUUCAUCCAGCUACGCAAGCCGUGAUGAAGAUAGAUUCAACCCCUCUGUUGAAGGACAUCGUGAUAUGCAGGCCAUCCCAGGGUUAGGUGAUUAUGACUGUCCAUCUUCACACCAACCUGCAGCUUCUGCAGAGACCAGUCGACCCAAGUACUCUCCUGAAACUGCUGCCAGCAUCCUUCUUCACUUUGGACUCGAAAAAGAGGACUUAGAACAACUCAUUUCCUAUCCUGAAGAUCAAAUUACUCCAGCUAACUUGCCGUUCAUUCUGCGCCAAAUCUGCUCUCAGAAAGAUAAGAGGGCGGCAACUGGAGUCCAGUCGAACCCCAACCCUGAGCUCAAUACUGCUGGAGCAGUGGGUGACAGUUACAGUCUGAAUAGAUUUGGAGGAGCAGAGAUGCAACAGGAGAAAACUUCAACAGGUGUUUUCCAGUCAAGUAGAGUGAUUGACUAUGGACACACUGGCAAGUAUACAGGGUCAGGGGCUGGUGAUGAAACGGGAAGAAAAAGUAAUGAAGACGUUGGAAGGAUUGGUAGUAUGUAUGCAAUGGACAGUGUUCAAUGCAGACAAAAUCCACAACCACAGCAAAAGAAUACAACAGAAUGGAAAAGCACUGCCUUGGGUUCUUCACAGAAGCAGGCGAGUUCUUUUACAAGCCUCAGCUCCUCGUCUAGUUCAGCACUGAGUUCUGCUCCCUCUGCAAGUAAUAAUCAGACCAAUCAACGGCAGACCCAACCAAACCCGACUUUCCAAAGUAUCCUGGGCUUAUUAUCUCUGACAAAGAAAGACACAAACAUCAGAGGGUUCGGAUUUGAAGCAUCCAAACCCUUCACUUCAAAUGAAACUAAACCAGAACACCAGUCAACUUUGAACAUCCAACCAGCUCACACUAUGUUCCAUGGCAUGAAUCCCAGCCACCCUGGUCCUGUGCUCAGUGGCAGAAGCGAAGCAAGUGACAUCCAGAAACAAAGUAAAACAUCAGUAGUUGUGGAACAUAUUGUAAGGAAACAGGGAAACACGAAUAAGGAGUUGCAGCAACCACCAAAACAGCAGAAGCUGAUGCAAACUCCACAGGCUGAAAAGGUACAUCCACAGCAGCCACAAAACAAGCAGAUGCAGGAGACGCUGAAAAAGCAGGCGCAGACUCAGCAGACCCAGAGGCAGCAUCUGCAGCAGCCACAGAAGCAGGCGCAGACUCAGCAGACCCAGAGGCAGCAUCUGCAGCAGCCACAGAAGCAGGCGCCAACGCAACAGACGCAGAUCCAGCAGACUAAGCAGACCCAGCAGACCCAGAAGCAGCAAAAGCAGCAGGCACCAACUCAGAUUCCCGAGACACAGAAACAGCAGGUGCAGCAGACACAAAAGAAGCAGACACAGCCGGCAUCACAGAUGGGACAAACAGCGUGGCCUCCAACUUUCUCCUCUGCUACUCCUGCUGCCCCUGUUCCUCUUUUGUCCUGGAUCCCUGGAAAUCUUCACCCUAACUUCCCUCCUCCGGUCCCGGGCCUUGUUACCUACAAUCACAUACCUAUGCUGAAUUCCAAGUCGCAGUCAACAACAAAGUUGCCCCUGUCCAAGAUUCCACAUGAAACAAUGAUGAAUGACUACGCUGCAACUCCACCAAAGUUGUUUCCACAUGUCUGUUCUCUGUGUAACAGAAAUUGUACUGAUAUGCAGGUGAGUGUAAGACUUUCUGAACCCCCUUUCAUCUGAAAUUUUGGGUUGUUAAUUUCCUUUACUUUAAAGAGUAAUAUAAGUCCAGUUCAGACCAAAGCAUUUCAAAGGCAUGGGCUGAUCUACUUGAAUUUGGCUAACUCCUUACGAAAACCUUUCAGCUCACACCAGCACAACAGGAAGCGCUGGCAUCUCCCACCCUUUGUGUGUCAAAUGAGGCCUAAAGCAUAGCAGGGCUUCCCCUACACGCAAUUGAUUGUGGUGCCCUGCGGAGCGCGCAUCAAGUAUUAGCAUUAGCGAGUUAUCGUCUGCGAUCACUCAGCUGAUUAAUCACCCCCUUGCCACAGGUAGAUUCCAGCCUUAGGGGAAACACUGUUCUAUGGGAUGGCCUGCUCCUCCAUGCAGUAACUGUCCUCAGACAAAUCGACUCAGUGAUUCUUUCACCACUGUUCAUAACUUCUGUUUUCACCAAGACUGCUUAGGAUUUACUAGCUGAUGCAGCUACCAAUUUUUUGGUGUGGCGUGGCCCUUCAUUUUAAAACUAGCUAGUCGUGGAAUGACAAAUAGCCAUGAGCCCGCAGCAGUCGAACUGAGGGCGUGUGUGAUCACUCCGCAGCAGCUUCUCUCAGCUUCAUUUCUAAACUGUCUCAUACAAUUUUUGGUCUGAACUGUGCUUCACACUAUCGACUGAAUGUUCCGUGUACUCCCAAUCAAAAUCCAUCAGAUCUGUUUUUUUUUUUAUGUUUGUUAUUUCUAAAUCACUGUAACUGUUCGACAUAUGAAUAGAAUUGAGAUUGUUGUUGGAAAAUGAACACCCUGAGAUGUUCCCUGGAAACGGGUCCUAGGACUGAGAAGACGAGACGGGAGCGAAGCAGCCCAUGUGAAGAAGAUGGCCUUCUCUACUGUUCAGUUUGACCUCUCUGAAACAGUUGUCAAUGACCCCCCCCCCCCGCGCGCGCGUCCCCUGCAGCCAGAGCCAUUAGUGUUAUACUGGUUUUACUCAUCGCGUUUGUAGUAACAUUGACUAUUUCGACUCAAACUGCCCACAUCAUCUCAGCGUAAGUAUUUUCCAUUCUUAAAAAACAAGAGGAUCCAAAACAUUAUUUUCUAUCCUACAUCUGUACUUUAUUUUUGAUACUCUUUGUAUUUACUGGAUAGAGAAGUCAUACGAACCACCUCCCCUCCACACUUGGGACGGACUCCUGCCGUCUACUCCAGGUGUUCCUGCGCCGGUGCCUUUGUCCCGCUCCAGUCUAGAUUGGGAUGUCAGCAGACCCCAGGAAGCAUAAACUCCAAAGGCCCAGAGAGCCGCCUGCCAACAAUCUAAAACCCCAGAAGCUCAUCUUAAUCUUUUUAACAGAUGUUUUGUCUUUUUUUUAUUUUUUUUUUAUAAAAACUUUUAACCCUUGACUGGGUUUCCCAAGCUUGGCUUUCCUGAUUAAUUUGACCUUUCCAAACGUGUUCCCGAGGCUUUUUACCGUGGCUACAAAUCAAUCAACACCAGCUGCUUACGUCUACCGUCUGAGCUCCUCUCCUAGCCUUGGGAUGUUGCCGGUUCCAUGGAAGACUUUGCUGUUGGUCAACAUUUAAGAUGUUUUAAUGUUAAAUUUCUUUUGAGCACUGGCAUAAUAUGUCUGACUUGUACUAAGAUAAGCAGAAAAGUAAAUAAAUAAAUAAACUUUCAUUUACGGGACUUAGUAUCUCACCAAUGAUGCUCAAACUCUGGAGCCUUUGGGCAACAAGGGAACUCCCUCUUUGGCUCCUGUUAGUUGAAUAAAAUAUAGAAGAGAACAUUGCAAGGUGAACCAGAUGUUUAUUAAUGUGAUUUGUCUUUUUGUUCUGGGGACUAGGAUUGGAUCUCUCACCAGAACAGCGGCCUUCACCUUCAGAGCUGCAAACAACUUUGUAUCAAGUUAGUCCUUUUCUGUCUUUGUUGAAUGCUUCUUAUCUCCGUGUUUUUCAGAAAUGCAGUCUGAGUAAGGAACUGUUAAGGUGUUGAGUUGAUUGAUCCUAACUCACAGAUGAAGAAGAUGACUUUGGAAACUGAGAACUUGCUGGUUUAAUAGCUGUGUUUUGAUUCUCUUCACUAUAGAUAUCCAGAGUGGGCAGAUGAGAUUGAUGACAAGUCCAGGUAAAGUUCUUCUGAUGGGCCAACUCUGGAGCGUCCUUCACAUUGUUUGAUGUUAUGUGUUACUUUUGAUCGGCCAUUCAUUGACCCGUCUUUUGUAAAUUCCGCUUGGUCCUCCAGGCGUGAGAGCUACUCCUGGUCUAAGUCCCCCAGCCCCCGUCGCCACCAUGGCUCAGAAGGUGGAAAGGACAGGAGGCGUAGUCGAUCCCGGUCACCCCGUCAUUCUAGGCACCGUCACAGGUCUGUCACACAUGAAUUCUAAUCUGAGUAAUUUUAGCAAGAGACACUUGAGGCUAAUGGAUUAGCUGACCCAGAGUUAAUCGGAGAAAUGUAUCAUAACACCUCUUCAUGUGAGGCAUCAGACUUUUUUUUUUACAUACGCCUGAAUUAUUGAAUUAUAAUUUCUUUCCAGAUCACGAUCUCGCUCCCACUCCCGUUCUCGCUCCCGUUCCCCGAGACAUAGUCGAAUUUCCUCACGCCAUCGGUCACGUUCAAGGAGCCAUGAGAGACGAUCAUCUCCCAGGAGGAGUGACAGGAGGGGGUCGACACCAAGGAGGAGGGACAGAAGAGGGUCGACGCCAAGAAGGAGGGACAGAAGAGGGUCGACGCCAAGAAGGAGGGACAGGAGAGGGUCGACGCCAAGGAGGAGCCGUGAGCGGCGAUCACCACCGAGACGGAAACGUGAAAGGGCGUCGUCCACGGAGGAGUCAUCCCGUGAACGAGAGAGACAAGGCAGUGCAGAGAGACUGGCAAAGAAACUGCUGGAAACAUCAGGUUCAAGAAAAUGACAAAUCUUUGAAAAAGCCAAUUCUUCCUGUUAGCUGGUGAUGAAAUAAUACUCGUCUUUUUUUUCCUCCCAGGUGUCCAGUCACUGUCAGAUCAGUCUGAUCUCGAGUCUGUGGUAAAGUCUUUGGCUCCUGCUUUGGUCGCAGAGCUAGCUAAGAUCAAAUCCUCUUCCUCUGGCAAGGGAACCAAACCCUCAUCUUCUCCGUCCUCUGCUGAUGGAAAGAGAUCUUCUUCAACCACCUCUUCUUCCUCUUCUGCCGCAAAGACGGAGUCGGCUACAAACCCUGUUAAAGACAAACCUGACCUGCAGAAGAGAAAGGCAAGUUUUUCUACUAUGACAAAUCCAAACCACAAAAGGUUGGCCAUGUAAGACCUCAAUGAUAACUGAAAGAGUGAAAGACACGAUAAUGCUGCAUUUUUUCUUUCGCACUUACAUUCAUGACGUGAUUACCGUUUCAAAGAGCCGUCACAUUAAGCCACGCUCUCUCGUUUUUCAGUCUGGGAAGUCGUCACCUGCAACCAUGGUGAAACUACUUGGAGUUCAAAAGGCUCUUCCUCGCACUGCGGUGCUUCUUGCUGUGGAGCACUUUGGGAAAACCAAGUCUGUGGUGGUGUUUAGGGCCUCAGGAGAGGUACGUACAUCAGCUGUGAGGAGCUGUAAAGAUUCUCCCUUAAGCAAAGUUAUGAGACGGAAAUCUUGAUUGUUUUUGUUUGGUCUUUCGUAGGCAGUUGUGAUUUUUGAGAAAGAGGAAGACGCGAAAAAACUUAAGAAUGCCAAGAGCCUAAACGUCAGUGGAACAGAAGUUAAUGUUGCCAGAGACAAGGUAUCGUAAUCUUUGUCGUGAUCUCUAUCUGAGGAUGGGACCUGAUCGCUCAUGUGGUGACACUGUCAAUGGUUCAGCUGAUUUAAAACUGCAGGUUUCUCUUUGUUUACAGGAGGCUGUUUCCACGGAUCCGAAAACAUCUCCACAGAAGUAAGACAUGCCUCUCACAGACGUGUUUGUAGGAGUGAGUGGGGGGGAUGUUGAUUCGUUUGGCCUGUAAGGUAAAGACUGAACUGUCUUUGAAUAAAACCACAACUCUGACUUCCCAUUUCUCUUUUUGUGUUGUAUUGACAGGAAACCUGCCACAGCCAGUGUGUCCACACCUGAAUCUACCAAUAAGAAAAUCGCUGCCCCUUCAGCUUCCACUGAAGAUAAAGUCAAAACCUCAGAAAUGAAAACGGUCUCAACACAAGAGAGUCCUAAAACCUCAAAACCUGUGGAGACAGAGGCAAAGGCGCCUUCAGUGAGACAAAAAGCAUCCUCAAGUUCCAAGACCAGGUCUGCUGAAAAUCGGCCAGAUGUUGGUGACUCCAAACUAAAACCUGUAUCUGAAAAGACAAAACCCUCUGUGAAAGAAUCUGGAGCUCGGCCCAAAGAUAAAUCCAAAACUACAGAACCAGCAAAGGACACAGUGGUUCAAGCAAAGGUCUCAGCUUCCAAAGCAGAGAUGGUGUCGGCUUCAGAGAAGCCCAAAACUCCAAUGGACAAGAAACCUACAGGAAAGACAACCAUAAAAGGUAAUGCUGAGGAGAAAGCCACAAAUGACACAAACAAGCCGAUUGAAGUGGUCGUACCGUCCAACCAAGAGAAGCUGAAAGAAUCUGAAAGUGAGUCUUUGGAGGGGCUGAAAGGAAAGUCCAAGGACGCUGAGACAGCAGAUAAAACAGGAACUGAACCUCCAAAUGAGGAAAAACCCGACAAAGCUGUCGAUGUGGAUCAACCAAUAAAACUAGACAAGACAGGAGUUAAAGUCGCAGAGCCUGUGGAAGUGGGAAUAUUAACUCAGAGUGAAGAUAAAGACGAACCCAACAAGAGCCAAACCAUUUCAUCUGAGACCACUGUCAAGGCUUUAACACAGGUCCAGCAAAGCACCCCAUCAGAACCAGAGUCCGAGAAACCAGAGACCCACCAGGAGAUGACAGAACAGCACCCUCACAAAGACAAUACUCGUAAGAAAUCCAAACAGACGCUGUGUUUGUCCGUGUAAUAUAUCUGCAGUUAGCAGGACGAUUCUAGAGGAGAUGUUUGAGGUUAAUGUUUCUUGAUUUUGCAGCACCAGAGCAUCCUGAGCUUCCUCCACCUGAGAACAAGGAAGCCAUUGAUGGAGCAACCAUCCCACCGACCGUUCUGGGUUGUGAGAGGUAAGUCUAUCAAAGGAUUUGAACACAUAAACAUAUCAACAUUUAUUUUUUUACUUAACCCCAGAGAUAAUUCUGCAUUUCUCAUCGAUUGACGACCUCACUGUUGUUGAUUUCAGCGUGGGGAGCGUGAGACAGCAGCUCCAAGACUCUAGUGAGGCGUCAGAGAGGUUUGACAUCCAGCUUCCAGCUUCAGAGAGUCAAACCUCAGAUCCUCCUGCUGAGUUACCAUCUACUGUGGAACCCGGCGACCCUGCUGGAUCCAGCGUUUCUGAGCCCCUCGCUGCAGAACUAAGUGCUUCUGCCGUUAAAGAGGAAGUAAAGACAGAGGAAGUUCAGAGCACAGUGACUGGGAUGGUCAUUGACUCGAUUGUUGGUUCCAGUUGUGAUGAAAAUGUUGUGAAGAUGGAAGUUGAAGAGAAACCGCCAACAUCUUUGGUCUGUACAGCUGAGGCGGCCUCUGCGGUUAAGAGUGAAAACAAAGUUCCUACUUCUUCUGUCCCUGAUCCUCCGUCCUCAGAGCUCAUGCCUGAAGAAGAGUCUGAAGGACUCCCUCAGAUUGACACAGAAACUCUACAAGCCCUUGCUGCUGCAGUCCGCCAGCACAGAGUCACCCUAGCAAGCAGGUCCAAGAGUAAAGGGGACGAGGUGAGGCCUGGUUUGGUGAUUUUUUUUAAAUUGAGGAAAUAUGUCGAGUCCCAACAGCUCCGAGACAAUUUCACCAAAUUUACUGAAGUGCAUAUAUUAAAUAGGAAGUGUAUUUUAUUCUCUGAAUCAUUCCCAAAAACUUCAGCGAGACUUUUGAUGUCAAAGAUGACGACAUAUCUGCAUCUAUCUUUAGAGCCCUGGAGGAGAAGACCUGAGCUCCAAAAGUGAUACAGCUGAAGGAACAUCUCAAAGAAUGGUAAACAACCGAAGUCUCACCAGGACUCUCAUGAGUUUCUCUGACAUUGAUGGUUUAACUGCUGUUAUUGUGAUUGAUUGGGAAUGAUUCAGUGUUUCAGUCAUUUCCUCCUUCCUUGUUUUUCAUGCAGGGUCAGGAUAAUCUCAAAGAAGACGUCUCUUCAGGUAGGCGUGUGUUUGACCAGCCGAAUUUGAACCUGGAUGACUUUGUGACAGUUGAUGAAGUCGGAGACGAUGCUGAAGACCCGAACGCCGAGCCUCAACACUCCUCGUCAUCAACAUCCAAGCGUUCGUGCAGAGGCAAAAGAGGAAGUCGAGGCUCAGGUAGUCGGAGGAUCUCAACAAGGUCCUCCAAAGAUUUAAAGAGCACAUCGUCCUCCUCACCUUCAGUUCACAAACCAACCAGAGACUCACCUGAGCACAGCAAGAGUCCGAACAAACCAUCAUCCUCCUCCGGAUCUGGUAAGACCUCCUCCUCUUCUCCGGAUCAGAAAGCACAACAAAGCAGCUCAAAGUCUCCAGCCAGGUCAUCAGAUCCGGGGUCCUCCUGUAGGACACGCUCAUCUUCAGCUGUGCAAGAAGUGGACAAAGUCCAACCAACAGCAGCUGUUGAGGCGUCAUCAGAGACUCCUUCAGAAGAGCUUAUGAAGGACAGAAAAGACACAGAGAGUUCAGGGGCAAAGUCUGUGAAAUCUGAUGACGAAGACAAGCAGAUCAGUGGUGCUGCUGAUGGGGACCAAGACAACAGUUUUGAAAACCAGCAAACCGGGCCUGCAGGAACCCAGACUUUGCAUGAGGAGAGCGUGCAGACUUUAGGCAGUACUGACAACCAACCAAACCCCCUAAAAAUGGAGACAAACUGUCCUCCCCCGGGCCAAGAAGUUCCAGUUCCAGUGGUGAAAAAAUGUGAUGAGAGUGAAGGGAAGGAUAGGACCCUAAAAAAGGAGGAGGACAAAGAAAAAAUGUUUCCAGGGGAAUCUCACCAAACCUCAGAAGAUCCAGAAAAUCUCCAGAACCAAAUCCAAAAUGAAGAAGGUGUCAGCAAACAGGAUUUGAACGACUCUGUUAGCGAUGUUACCGACCAACCCGCCUUUGAAAUACUGGAUUCCGUGGAUGAUCAGAGAGCAGCAGGAGAUGAGAUGAUAUCUGCGGGAGACGAUAAGCAACCAGAGGAAGAGGAAGACACCUUUAAGAUCAUAGAUUCAGUGGAAGAACCUCAAACAAGUCCAGGGACAGAGUCAGAGAGGGACAAGGGUGGAGAGCAGACUCAGAAAGAGGAGGGCUCUGCUGGGAACGAUGGGAGAACAUCGAGGAGGAGUGGGCGCACAAGUAAGACAUCCACAACUGAAGAGAAGGAGAAGCCUCCCAAAAAACACCAACCAAGGAUGAAGACAGACACUGCUGUGGACAAAAAGGUCACCGAGGAGACCGAGUUUGAGAUCGUGGAUUCUGUUGAGGACGCUUCGAUUCAAGAGGACUCCACCAAGGACCGAUCAAGUAGAAGAAGAAGCACCAGAGGAAAGAAAGAAGAGAAGAUGUUAGAUUCCGUGGGGGAUGACAAACCUGCCACUGAAACAAAUUCCCCCAGAGGAAGACGAGAACGGACCAAGAUGGACGCCUCAGCCGAGGAAACCAGAACAGAGGAGAUGCCAACAACGAGAAGGAGGCAAACCCCUGCCAGAGAGUCACGGAGCAGAGAGAAGACUCCUCCAAAAGAGACAGAAGAGAGCUCACCAAUAAAGAAGACAGAAGAAAUUUUUGACUUAGUUCAGGACCAGGUUGUUCACGAGGAGACUCGGACUACGAGAGGAAAAGGAAAGAGGGGGAGACCGAAGAAGCAGGUCGAAACAUCAAAGAAAGAUGAUGCAGCAUCGAAGAAGAGCGAUGAAGAUGUUUCUGCAAAAGUUUCCGGUGAAGAAGAGACGACGUAUCAGAUCGUUGAUUCGGUGGAAGAUGAGUCGGUCCAUGAUCAGCUCCCCUCAGAGCCAUCAGGGACUGCAGGAGUCCUGGACCAACAAGAACAGCAGAGAACAUCUCCUAACGGGGAGGAGAAAGAGCCCAUCUAUGAGAUUGUCGAUUCUCUGGGGGAUGAUCAGGUUCAAGAGGAAUCUGAAGGACAAAGACAGGAACAAACUGAUGAAGAUGUUACAGGUACAGAAGCUUCUGAAAAACUGGGUGACAAGACAGAAAGUCCUCAUCCAGGACUUGAUGGUUCAGAAAAGGGUCAUGAUGUCCUGUGUGCUGCAGAGAGGUCUGAUACUCGUAAAGAAGAAGGGAUCACUUCAGAAAACAGAGAGAAAGAGGGAGAACCAAUCACACACUCAGAAAAUACACCUCAGGAAGAACAGACACCAAGUUCUCUGAUGAACCUGGAUGAGGUCAGUGAUGAAGAAGAGGAUUACCCUGAUGACUCUAUGGAGGUGGAGAAACUGAGGAAACAAUCCACUAAAGUACAGAGAGCAGAGAGGAGGAGCAGAAGAGGAGGAGGGGGAGGGAAAGGGAGGAGUAGGGAGAGGAGUGAGAAGAAGGAUGAGAAGGAUGAAGUCGAUGCCCAGGAGCUGGUCACUCUUGACGAGGUGGGAGCAGAUGACGCCACAGAGGAAGAAGAAGUGCGGGAAAAUCAAGACGAGGGCGGGAAAAUCCAGGAGGGAGACCUACUCGUCACUUUGGAUGAAUUUGUAGAAGAAGAGACGGAAGGACCUGAGACCUGCCCUCUGAGCCAGGACCAACAAUCACCUAACACCUCAAACCAGAAGGUAAAGUUUAAGAUCGGUGUCCUAGAUGAUACUCUCCUAUGCUUUGAUUCAAGUGGGGAAACAAUGCAUUUCGUGUUGUGAUAGACAGGGUUCAGGUGAAGGUCUAAAGGCGGUCCAUGAAUUCCCAAAGAGAGAGCAGAGGGUUUUUGUGAGGAGACUGGCCUCCUCUCAGAGCUGGGAUUCUGGAUGAUCCUUAACCCUUAGAACCCUCAGCUAUAUUUUGCUAUUUUUCUGUCCGGCGGCGAUCAAGUGGAGUUCUACGUGUUAACCUGGGUUUGUGUGCUUCGCUCUGAUGCCGAAGAUCUGUCGCAUUUUUUUUUCAGGUUCCAGGAACUUCAGAUGAAGAAAAAAAGACUGAAAACCGAGCUGAGAAAACCUCGACACCUGUGAAGCGCAAACGAGAUGACGAUGCAGGUGUGUUUACUUCUAAUGUAGAGUGUUGUUAAAAUAUUUCUACAGGAAUUUAUCUGAAAAAAAGACUGAAGCUUUUUUCAUUUUUUUUUGUCAUAGAGGACAGUAAGAACUUUGUGACUGUUGAUGAGGUGGGAGAGGAGGAGGAAGAGGAGGAAAAAGAAAUGGCCACACCCAGGAGAAGAGGCCGAGCUAAGAGAGCCAGACGGACUCCUGGUAACACGUCUCUGUUUCUCAUUACCAAAAUCCCAAAACAGAAACCCUGAGCUGCAUUGUUUACCAGAAGGAAUCUCUCCAAAACACAGAAAAACAGAUUCAUGUUGGAUUAUUAUUGUCUUUGAAAACAGUGAGAAAAUCCACCAAAGGGAAAACCGUGAGUCCACAAGAAGACGAGGAAAAAGGACCUGCUCAUGAACCGCCUUCCUCUUCACUGGACAAAGAUCCGCCUGAAGUGGAGGUCCAGAAGACCGCAGAGGAAGGAGCAGAGACACAAAGUACUGUGAACCCUGUUCCUGUCAGACCAGAGCUGGAGCCGGAGAACAAAACAGUCAAAGAAUCGGUGGAAGAAAAAGAAGAGGGGGAGGAGGAGGAAGAAAGGAGGAGGACUGAGAUUAAAGGUGAGAGUCGUCCGACAGGUGGCAGCAGGUUUAGACCGCUGUGUCAGCUUUUCUACAGGACAAGCUAAGCAUCCGCAAACAAGAAAGAAGUAGGUAUGGGAAUUGAUAAGAUUUCAUUAAUAUUUUUAUGCAUUUCUAACUUAGUUAAAGGCAUAUUCUAAAUUCCUAAAGACAGCGCGUGCGAGCGUCGUGUCAGUGUCUUUGCUUAGACGUGAGCAGAGGGGCAGAGCUGCAGUUAGCACUGAUGCUCUGCACUGUUUUAAUAAUCAACGGAUACACGUUACAGACAUUUAAAGGAUUUUAUAAACUACCCCCAAAAGAGGACAUAUCUGGGUAAAAGAGGACAUAUGGUCACCCUAUCAUAUGUACCUUCAAUGCCGUGCUGAGAUGGGGCAGCAGCGGCUGACGACUGGUGUUCAACAGGUGUUGUGCCGUAGAAUGCACCCCUGACGGGAGCGCGGUGAAAACUACAUACCAAGGUGAAAUAAUCGAAGUUUUCCUUACCAUUGGGUGGAUUCAAAAGCGUGUGCCUUUAAUGAUUUCAUUCAGACUAUUCAGUCGUCUUUCUCAGUAGAUUUAAGCCACGCUUUAGCUCGUUUCUGCCUACUUUUCAUAUCAUCCACCAUGUUUUUUCCUCUGUCCUUGUUCCCGCUCACGUAGACUGGCACUCGUGAGACCAUUUUCAAGGCACCCGGAAGAAAGGAAUCGUUAAGGGAAUCGUUAAGAUAAAAUGUAAAUGAUGUCGAUGGAUCGAACCAUUUGGAACCGGUUCUUGGAAAUCUCUGUGAGACGGACUUUUUUUAUUGGUUUCUUCUCUUUCUUUUCUCUUAGCUUUGAGUAAACUGAGGAGAGAGCUCGAUGGACCUGGAGCCAAACGAUCUCGCUCUCAGUCUCCUUCUGUCCCCGCCGACUUCAGACUACCAUCAUUCAAACCCAACAACCCCCUCGGUGAGUCCUAGGCUGCGGUUAUGUCCGGAGAGAUGACGUUCUGGUGCUUUUCCCUUCUCUUAGACUCUCAUGUCUGUUUUCCUCUUCAGGUCAGGAGUUUGUGGUCCCUAAAACGGGUUAUUUCUGUAAUCUCUGCUCUGUUUUCUACCACAACGAGAGCACGGCCAAGGAGACCCACUGCAGCAGCCAGAAACACUACGACAACCUGAAGGUGAGCACAAACAAAGAAAACAUCAGUGUGCUGAAGUUUAACCUGAGACUAACAAUGUUGUUUUCUUCUCUUUUUAGAAAUAUUACGAGAAGCUUCAACAUGCAUCAGCGAGAAGUUCACCCCAGAGCUCUGUUUCUGAUGAUGCUUAAGCAGCUGUAUUUCCUCUCCUGAACAUUUUGUCAUGAAAUAGUAUUUAACUUCUUUCUCUUUUUAAAAUGUGUCAAUCAUGACUUCUGGGGUCAGAUCCUCUGUACACAGGUUUGAGCCAAACACUCUGUUCUGUGAUAAAAUAUUUAAAUAAUGGGGGAUUACAUUUAUUUAGGUCAAACCAUCACAAAAUGUAUGAGUUUUAAAAGUAAUUACACAUUUACAAAUUUAAAAUGUUUUUUUGUGUGCUAAAGAAUAUUUUUGUAUUGUACCUCUCCUUUUUUUGUCUCAGAAGGAGCAAGCUUGAUUGUCAUUUUAUUAUCUUAGUACUUAUUUUUGACAUUACUGUAAAAGGGUCCAUUCAGUUGUGGUUUAAUCUUCGUUCUGGUUUUUACAAACACCAAUAAAAAAACCCGUUUAAUUGUCAUCUGUCGUUGGUACAUUUAUUCACUCUGUUUGAUCAAACGGCGAAACGGCAAUGGUCUCAGAACGGCCGAGCUUUUAUUUUGAAGGAACUCGAUGGCGUCACAUCCGUUAGCGUUUCCGCAUAACAGUCCGGGGGCCAACGUAUUAUUCGUGGGAUGGUAGGGGAAGGUCCCGCCCUCAUAACGUCCGGGGGAACUAAAACCUGUGCAGUGACAGACGAAGACAGGUAAGCAAAACAGACACCGAGGAAAUGCGACGGAGCGCUUCACGGUUGCACGAUACUCCUGAACCACGAAAGGUGUGAAAAAAUACCGAAACAUCGACUCAAAGAUCCCGGUAUCGUCCAGUUUUAGCCUCUUGUUCUGCCGUCAGUCACUUAGUGUGUUCAACCGUCGGUUUGUAGCUGGUUCAUCCGUUAGAUGGAUUUACAUUCACAAAUGAAGUUGUUAGGGAAUGGUUUCGAGUGUUUUUGAAGGUAUUUCGACGUAAAGCUCGGUUAAAGUCAGCUUUAACGGUUCUAGUUUUAAGAUGUUGCACUUUAAGAUGUGCUUUGUUUUCCUCUUACUGCCAAACGUUUAGUUUAGGAUCCACAGACAGAGAACUGUCUGUGAGUUAGAGUUUAUAUGUAUUCACAAUGAACAGCAUUGACUUUGUUUCUUCAUCUUAGGUCUGAACGAAGCUGGACUGCAACAAUUCUAGACCACUGGACCUACAUAUGAACCAAGCCAGGAAGGAAGUUAGACAUGUUGAAAGAUCAGGGCACCGGUCCCUGGACCAGGAUGCCCACUUUUCAGGUGCACUAAGAGAGGAGUUUGGCUCUUCAGACACACGGUUGGGUUCUCAUCCGAUGUCUUCGACCUACCAGGGACAAAGACACAACUUGGAUGUCCAGGGUGGCAGCAGCUCCAUGGACUGGUCAUCCAACUACAACAGACCCACUGCUAGGGACUCUAAACCGUAUUCCCGGUCUUCUUCAACCAGCUACGCAAGCCGUGAUGAAGUUAGAUUCAACCCCUCUGUUGAAGGACAUCGUGAUAUGCAGUCCAUCCCAGGGUUAGUUGAUUAUGACUGUCAGUCUUCACACCAACCUGCAGCUUCUGCAGAGACCAGCCAACCCAAGUACUCUCCUGAAACUGCUGCCGACAUCCUUCUUCACUUUGGACUCGAAAAAGAGGACUUGAAACAACUCAUUUCCUAUUCUGAAGAUCAAAUUACUCCAGCUAACCUGCCGUUCAUCUUGCGCCAAAUACGGCUCCAGAAAAGUAAGAGGGCGGCAACUGGAGUCCAGUCGAACCCCAACCCAGCUCCAAGAUUUGGAGGAGCAGAGAUGCAACAGGAGAAAACUUCAACAGGUGUUUUCCAGUCAAGUAGAGUGAUUGACUAUGGACACACUGGCAAGUAUACAGGGUCAGGGGCUGGUGAUGAAACGGGAAGAAAAAGUAAUGAAGACGUUGGAAGGAUUGGUAGUACGUUGGUGAUUGACGACACUGUAAGCAGACACAAUCCAGUCUUGGGUUCUUCACAGAAGCAGGCGGGUACUUUUACAAGCCUCAGCUCCUCGUGUAGCUCAGCACUGAGUUCUGCUCCCUCUGCAAGUAAUAAUCAGACCAAACAACUGCUGACCCGACCAAACCCGACUUUCCAAAGUAUCCUGGGCUCAUUAUCUCAGACAACGAAAAACGCAAACAUCAGAGGGUUCGAAUUUGAGCUAGAACACCAGUCAACUCUGAAAAUCCAACCACCUCCCCCUCAGUCUAGUGGAAUGAAUCCCACCCACUCUGGUCCUGUGCUCAGUGACCACAAGGACCGUAGUAAAACCAAAGGUAAAGGCUCUGUGGUGGUUGAACAUGUCACCAGGCAGCUGGGAAAACCGAAGGAGCAACUGCAGCAGGCGCAGACUCAACAGACCCAGGGGCAGCAUCUGCAGCAGAAAGAGGAGAACCAGACUACGCAGAAGCAGGAUACGCAGGAGAAACAGAAACAGCAGCCGGAGAUGGUGUGGCCUCCAGCAGCCCCUGUCUCCAAUCUUCCUCUGGUCCUUGGGAAUCCUCACCGUAGUAUGACUCCCCCUCAGCCAACCGUGGGAUCAGUGACCCACAAUCACUUGUCGAUGUCGAAUGUCAACCCACAACCAGCUGCAAAGUCGACGUCUUUCAAGACUCCACCGAAAGCAAUGAUAAACGACUAUGCAGCUGCUCCACCGAAACAGUUUCCAUUUUCCUGCUCUCUGUGUCACAGAUUCUGUAUUAAUAUGCAGGUGAGGGGAGGACUUUUCUCUCUCUUUUUUGUAAUUUUUGGUGGGGCUGGGCGAUAAACCGAAAUUUGCUAAUACUGAAAUUUACAACAAAAACCGACCAUAUCGGUAUACUCAGUGUUAUCGAGGUGAACUGAUCAUUGUAUUGUUAUAUUGAUUUGAGGCCAUAUUGCCCAGCCUUAUUAGGAACUUAAAAACCUGUUUUUAAGGCUCCUCUAUAGAGACUCUUUUCAUGUUGUUUGUUCUGGUAACUAGGACUGGAUCGCUCACCAGAAUAGCUUCAAUCACUUCCAGGGCUGCAAAGAACUUCGCAAAAAGUCAGUAUUUCACUUCAACUUCUGGAUCUUGACUCUCAGAUGACUAAUGUCGAAAGAGUUCAUGUUCAUUUCAACUGAUUUUUUACCUGACGGCAUUUUGCGGAUUAAACUGCGGUGUCUUCAACAGAUACCCAGAGUGGGCUGACGAGUUUGACGGCAAGACCAGGUAAAGUUCUUCGGUUGGGCCAACUUUGUUAUUGAUCCUUCAGGUAAUGUUUUAGUUUUGAUCAACUGAUCUGUUUGAAAAUCCACCUCAUCCUGAAGGUAUGAGGGCCACACCUGGUCGAAGUCUCCCAGCCCCCAUUGCGAUCAUGGCUCAGAUGGUGAAAGAGAGAGACGACGUAGCCGAUCACGAUCGCCUUGUUGUUCCAAACACCAUCGCAGGUCUGUUGGACAACAAAUGUGCCAUGAGCCUCUACAUCUUGAUUAAAAUUGGGUAUUUGCAUAAAACAGUUUCGUCCUUUCUCCUACCAGAUCUGGGUCUCCAUCUCUAUCUCGAUCUCGCUCCCGUUCCCCGAAACAUAGUCGGAUUUCCUCACGCUGUCGGUCACGUUCAAGGAGUCGUGAGAGACGAUCAUCUACCCGAAGAAGGGACAGGAGAGGGUCGACGCCAAGGAGUAGCCGUGAGCGGCGAUCACCACCGAGACGGAAACGUGAAAGGGCGUCGUCCACGGAGGAGUCAUCCCCUGAACGAGAGAGACGAGGGAAGGCAGGCAGUGCAGAGAGACUGGCAAAGAAACUGCUGGAAACAUCAGGUUCAAGAAAAUGACAAAUAUUUGAAAAAGCCAAUUCUUCCUGUUAGCUGGUUAUGAAAUAAUACUCGUCUAUUUCUCCUCCAAGGUGUCCAGUCACUGCCAGAUCAGUUUGAUCUCGAGACUGUGGUCAAGACUCUGGCUCCUGCUUUGGUCGCAGAGCUAGCUAAGAUCAAAUCCUCCUCCUUUUACUCUGACAAAGGAACCAAACCCUCAUCUUCUCAGUCCUCUGCUGAAGGAAAGAGAUCAUCUCCAACCACCUCUUCUUCUUCUUCUGCUGCUGCAAUGACAGACUCAGUAACAAGUCCCUCUAAGGAAAAGUCCGGCUCAGAGAAGACCAAGGUGAGCAGCUACACACGUCGCUCUAUCCUGAUGUUUUGUCCUACCUGAUUGACGCUGAUGUAGGUUUCUUGGUUUCAGCUUUUGGUCUUUUUAGAGAAAUACCAGUUCGGUCUUAAUUCUUCUUGUGUUUGGUCACACGUAGGCAGCUGGAGAAGAAGAAGAAGCUGAGAAACCGGGGAGCUCAAGGAACCACGAUGAGAAGGGAACAGAAGUCACUAAGGUGAUGAAUGACUGCAUACUGACGCCCAAACCUAAAGAGCUAGAACUGGGAAUAUCUUUUCAGAGUCAAGAGGCCGUACCAGCAGUUUCAGACAAACCCAACAAGAGUCAAACCAGUUCAGUAGAGACCUCUGUCAAAGCUUCAACAAGUAUCCAGCAAAGCACCCCGUUAGGACCAGCAUCCAAGGCGCCAGAACCUCCGACCGGGACAAAAGGUUCAUAUGUGGCAGCUGAGCGAGUUGGAUCUAUGACACAAAUACAGCAAACAGCUCCUGCACCCAUGUUCACUCCACGGACUUGCGGGGAGAAGAUCAAUUCGUUCUUUAAUCCGCUCUCGAUGGGUAAGACUAAAAGAGAAGAAGGUGGAUCUGUUCACAUUCUGGUCGAAAUAUCUGCAUACCAUCAUUCUGCUCUCUUCUUCUUCUUUUACAGGAUACGUCAAACUAGAACACUUCUUGAGGGUAGGUCCUCGGACUCGUCUAUGUUCCCACAGAUGUAGUAUUUCAACCGUAGAGCUUGGUAAUUCCUCAUUUUUCCCCUCAUUCUCUUUCUCCGUUUUUCCCCAAACUCUUCAGAAUGACAAGACAAAUUGGAGGACCUUGAUCAUAUCUAAUCUGCCACAGUAUAAAAACGGCUGCUACACAGAGGAGAACAUCGCCGAACUGUUUUCUCGGUUUGGGUUUUGCAAGACGGACGACAACAUGUUUGUUUUUCCUUACGCUCGCUUCGUAAGCUUCGGUUUUCUCUGUCUGCGUUGGUUUUCUGCUCUGCGGGUUCUACCGUUCCUCUGAUCUCUCCUUCUGUACGUCUCAGGCCCUCAUUCAGUUGCCAGGGAGGGACAGUGUCCUCAGGGCAAUCAAAGCGGUCCAGAGGGAGUUCUUCACUUUGAAAGGAUCUCCGCUGGACGUCACUAUUUCACUUGAGAAGGAUAUAACACCGGUAACCAUGAACAGCUUUGAAUGAUUGUUAAUCAUAUGUUUGUUUAUAGGGGUGUCCUGAUACAACUUUUUGACUUCCGAUACGUUACCGAUACUGUAGCCUUCAAUACUGACCGAUACCGAUCUGAUAUUGGCAACGUCUUUCUCGGACUUAAACGAAAAAUACUGCCACAAGGCCGACAUCAUUCCUACUCCUUGGUACUUUGUUAGUUCCGUUUGCUGUGCGCGAGUUAUCUCGGAAGUCAGAAGUCCGAGCUGGAAAUGACGUCACACCCGAGUUACCAGCCUUUCAGUUACCAAGUCGGAAAUAACCAAAAUCGGAGGCGGAAAUAAGAUGGCAAAAGUUAUUUUAGCGCUUACCUUGUCCGAAUAUAAGCAAAGACUAGGCAAGCGCUAAAACAAAUUAUGUAGAUGUAGCCAUCUUGUUUCUGCCUCCGAUUUUGCUUUUUUCAGACUUGGUAACUGAAAUGCUGUGACGUAACGCAAACACAGCAAAAGUACACACUCAGUACGUUUACAUGGCACUCGAGAAAACCAAAUUAUCGCCUUACUCUGAUUAAGACCGCUCAACUGAAGUGCAUGUAAACACCUUUGUCGGAGAACUCCGAUUAUGACACCCAGAUAAUGCGAUUGGAAUUCAAAUUUUCUCUACCAUGUAACCAGCGUAGUCGGAGUAUGAUCGGACAAUGCAUGUGCGCCACGCCCCCGUAACCCCGGAACAACAACACCAGAGAAGAAGGAAGUGUUCAUCUCAAUCUUCGAUUCGGCAAAAAAACCGAAUUAUGAGCUUAGUCCGAUUAAGCUGUGCAUGUAAACGCACUGAGUGUUGUUGUGAUCACAUGGGCUCUACAGGCUGGAUCCGGACGCUGCUAGAUAGAAGUGUUGGAGCGGAGUCUGGAAUGGACUGCUUGUAUCGGAGUGCUUAUAUCGGAAAUUGUAGAAGCAGGCUGAUUUAAUCCGAUAUUCGUUUUUUUUUGCUGAUAUCGGACCGAUAUUGUUAUCAGACUGAUAUCCGAUAUCAAUAUCGUAUCAGGACACCCCUUUUUUAUGUUGAGUAUUUUCCAAACUCCACACAGACUCGGUCUCUUUACUUUGACAGAAGUCUGUCGUGUUCAAACGUCUUUGUAUUCUAACCCUGUUGACUCUGUUUCCGUCGUAGUUCAGGGUGUAUCAAAGGAUCAUGAAGAAGAUGAAGCGUGUAAGCCAAACUCAAACUUCUUCAGUUGUUUUUAUUCUGAUUUAAAGUUGUCGGUGAAUCUCUCUGUGAUGGCUCUAUCUCCACUUAUUUGGCUUAUUUGGGCAAAAGCCCUUUCUACUGCAGAACGUGUGCCUCGUCAAGAAUAUCCCGCUGAAGGAGGUCAGGGACCUGAGAUGGGCUUUGAAGGAUUUCGGCCACUUUGCGAACUUCAUGCCGCUCCUCAACAAGGUAGAAAAAGCUGCACUGGAGUGUCUCUGUGAGAAAAAGUCAGUCCUCUCUCGAGUCUACAUGUGACUUUGUGUGCUGCAGGUUUUCAUAGAAUUCUUGGUCUAUUACGACGCUAAAAGAUUUGGACAUUGGUACGAUUCCCUGAAACCGGGGCGGGGCCGUGAAGUGCACCUGCUAAGCGGGUACAAGUACGAGACUCCAGAAACAUGUGAGUCAGCUCUAUCACAUAAAAGCUCUAUAGUGAUGUCAGCUGGAAUCUAGGUAAUCAUGAACACCGAUGAGCGGAUGCUCGUGGGACACACUCUCAGCCCAGACUGCAGGUCUCAUCAGCUGACAUUUCUAGGCUUGAAUGAUUUUAAAGUGAGAUUUUAUCAGGUACUGAUAUUUAAUCUGAUCUCCUGAAGAUAAUGCAGGGAGCACACGUAUGGUCUACAGUGCAGACGGCCCCCAUCUGAUCCUGAAGCUCACGCUCGAGGACGGUCUUUGCUCGAACAAAAUUUGUAAGAAAGACUCGGUUUCUCUUCAUAAUACAGCUUUAAUUCUUUGUUUUCUCUUGAUCAAUGUGCUCUCUGUCUUUUUCAGGUAUUCUCCCUGAACAUACCGUCCUCUCACCUCAGGUGAGCCUUUUAAAAACUUAGACCUCAAGUUUUUUCACAGGAUUAGACUCUAAAAGUGGAUGUUGAAGAUUGACAGUUUGUGUGCUGAAUAUGUCGCAGUUUGAAAAGUGUGUAAAUGGUUGUUGUGCCUCCUCCUUUGUUUGUUUUCCAGUUCUUGCGAAGUGAGAAGAAGCUGCUGCUCAUAUCUGGGCUGCCCGCCUUUAAAGAUGGUGCCUACACUGAGGCUGAUGUUGUCAAUCUGCUCAUUCCUUUUGGGUUCCUUUUCCAUCAUGACAAGAUCUACGUUGUCCCUCAGACGUGCACGGUAAGCAGCAGCAGACGCAUUCAUUAAUCCUAUUUUUAUAAUAAUGACGUUCUGUUUCCUGGUUUUCUCUGCAGGCUUUUGUCCUCAUGGAAACAACCCAAGAAGUACAACAACUUGUGAGAGCUUGCCAAGUGAAUCCUCUUACUUUAAAGGGGUCUGAACUGACUGUGAAUGUCGUGACCAGUGACAUCAAGAUGCCACCAGUAAGCAUUUCCUCUCCCCUGAUCUGAACAGAUGUGCGUCAGUGAGCGAUGAUGAUAAAACAGAGGGAAAAACUGUACUGCAUCUGCCUUAGUGUGACCUUUGUCUUAAAAUCUUUUACUUUGAAGGAGUCGGGUAGCUUCCUCUGACCGAGGAAUCAGCGUUUUUACUGAAGAGCCUCUUCUUAUGAAAGAGGAUAAGGGCCACAAGGAGAGAAAAAAUAAUUACAGGAGGGAGAUUUUUUACAUUUCCAUUUCAAGAUUGAAGUCAAAAUUUAAAACGAAAGUUAAAAUGAAAAAAAAUCCAAAUUUCGAGAUUAAAGUAAAAGUUUUGAGAUUGUAGAUGAGAUUUUAAAAAGUUGAAAUUAAAAAAAACAUCAAAAUUUCAAAAUAAACUCGAAAUUCUAAAAAUGUCAAAAUGAAAAAAAAUGAAAUUUGGAGAUUAAAGUCGAAAGUUGAAAAAAGUCAAAACGAAAAAAAUAUUAAUUUUGAGAUAAGCCGAAAUGUGAAAAAAAGGCGAAAUAGAAAAAAAAAAUCACAGUUAAAUUUUUCAGAUUGUAGUCGAAAUUUUAGAAAAAUUGAAAUGAAAAAAAAAUUGAGAUAAAAGUCGUAAUUUGAAAAAAGACUAAAUAAAAAAAAAUCAAUCAAUCAAAUUGAAAUCACGAGAUUAAAGUCAAAAUUUUGCGAUUGAAGUUGAAAUUUAAACAAGUCAAAAAGGGAAAUAUAGAAAUGUCAAGAAAUAAGUAAAUCGUAAUUUCGAGAUAAAAGUUGAAAUUUUAAGUCUAAAUGAAAAAAAAAUCUAAAUUUGGUGAUUAAAAUAUAAAUUCCGAGAAAAAAAAUUGGAAUGACGUGGAUUUCGUGAUUUUAAUCUGAACAUUUCAGCAGUAUUCACGACAUUUUGUAAUCUAGAAAUUUCAGUGUUUAAUCUAAAAAUUUUGACUUAAUUCACAUAAUUUUUUUUCUCAAAAUUAUGACUCUAAUCUCCUUCCUUUAAUACUUUUUUUUCUCUUCAUGUGGCCCUAACCCUCCUCCUUAUCUCCUUCCUAUGUUCAGUGUCUGAGUAAAGCAGUAAUAGUUUUAGAUGCAUUAAUCAUAAAAGAUGAUUAACAUUGAUAAUGAUAACAUAAACAUGUGAUUUUAGCUCUCACUGAAACAAUUAUGCAAAGAAAAAAAACAAAAAAGAUCUGCAUUUUUUAAAGUUAAAUUAAAAAUAUUACAUGUAGUUUAGAAAAAAGAGAAAACAUGAGAUUAAAAAAAAGUCCUCUUUGUUUGCGUUUAACUCGACCUCCUCCGUCUUUUUCAGAUCAACUUUUAUACAUCACUGAUGAAACUCAUGUGUGGUGUAAGUACUACAUUAUUCACACAAUACUACACACAAAAGUACACGUCAAGCCUGAUUAAACCCUUCUAUAUUAUAGUAGAUUUUAGCUAAUUACAUUCAAAUUAGCGGUUUGUGUGUCCACUUCCUGUUGUAGAGGGAGUACGAAAAGCAAGUCGGGGAAAGACUGAUCUUCAUCAGGAACGCUUCGCCGAGAGAGAUUCGGGAGCUCACCGACACUUUCAAAGCGACACCAGUCCAAAACAUUCUGCCUCUCCUCGACAAAGUAAGACGCAUAAUCAAUAAAAACUGAUCGAUUUGAUAUGGUGGGAGAUCCUGUGUGCGUGAACACUCCUGUGUGCUCGUGUUUGUGUUCAUACAGGUGUUUAUACAGUUCGACUCACCUCGAGAGGCUGAUUGGUUCGGAGUUUGGCACAGUCUGCAGAGUCCAGUACCGGGUUACAUCGUCCACAGACUGAAGAUACCGGUCGGGAACAAUACAGCGCCAUGUAAGGAAAAAACCGAGACCGCCGUCUUUCACAUCCCUUUAGACUUUCUUUUGGUUUGUCCUUACGAUCUCUCACAUAUGAAGUUUGGAUUGACCUUUUUUUUCUAUUUUGGGCAGCUCCAAAAUUUCCAAAACGCAUCCCGCGCGGCUGUAUGAGGGACAUUGGAGGGGUAACUGUUACAUCGUUACUUACUAAGGUUCCAGAGGGCGCCAGUCCACCGUUUUGGAUCACGUUGAGAAACAGCCCCUUUGUGUUCCCGAGCCUUUCACCCUGCUUUGUCAUCCCUCGUAAGAGGAAGAGAUUUUGUGUUUCCUUGUUGUCUUUAACGCUUCGAUUUGACCUUUUUAAACAUCAUUGAAAAGGAUGAUUGACAUUGUUGCUUUUUCUUUUUAUCUCCAAGCUCACCAUAACAUCAAAAACAUGGCCGACAUUCAGGUGAGACAGUUUCUAACAAAUUGUUUUUUUCAGACUCUAGACUUCCUCUUUGACCCCUCUUUGAUAUCUUUAUAUGAUUUACAUGAAUCACAAAAAAAAAUAAAUAAAUUUAACAAAAAAAGAAAAAAAGGAAAUAAAUAAAAAAUAAAUAAAUGAAUAAAAAUAAAGAAUAAAGAAACAAAUAUAAAAAAUAAAAUAAAAAAUACAAUAAUAAAUAAAUAAAAAUAGAAAUCAGUAAAGAAAUAAUAAAAUAGAAUAAAGAAUCCAUCAAUAAAAAAAAAAAAAAAAAAAAAAAUAGAAAUAAAUAAAAAUAAAAUAGAAUAAAGAAUAAAGAAAUAAAAAUAAAAUAGAAUAAAGAAUAAAGAAAUAAAAAUAAAAAAAUAAAAUAUAAUAAAAAAUAAAUAAAUCAAAUAAAAAAGAAAUUACAUAAAAAUUAAAAGAAUAUUUUAUAAAUAAGUAAAUAAGAAUAAAAAAGGGGCGGGUCUAUCUUUCAAAGGAUGAAUUACAACGUGACGCUAGUUGAACUGGAGCAAUGUCAGUCUUUUAUACACUGAAAUGAAGUAACUAUGAUGAAGCUGAAGGCAUCCCUGGAUUUAAAACAGUAUUUUGCUGUAUUUUUAUGUUGUAUUUUCAGGCGGUGCGGCAUUACAAGCCCUCCACAAUCAUGUUGACCGGUUUGCCACAAGGAAAGUACAAACACGAGGAUGUGGCGAGGCUGGUCUGGCCAUAUUUCAGAGAGCAGGAUCGCAGCCUUCACUCCCUGUACUACAAAGUGACAGUCUUACCUCUGCAGAGGAGGGUGAGGAAUGUCAAAUAUUGUCAUCUGUAGUUUCCAAAAAUGAAGCUGGAUUUGAAUGACUGUCCUUCUCUCUCUUCACCUCCAGGCCUUUGUGUUUUUUCCUGACUGGAAUACAUGCAGCUACUUCAUCCAAGAACAGGUUUCCAAACCGCUUUUUAUGGGGGACCAUUUGAUUAGAGUCCAGUGUAUGUUGAAGCCUAUGCAUCCUGAAUCCAGCGAGGUGAGGGAACAACUCCGUGUGUUUCUCUGUGUUGAAGUUUUUAUCCUCAGUGUGAAGCAUGUCGACCUUCCUUCGAACAAAAUAUGCUCUAUAAACAAGGUCGUCCAUGAAUUCUUCUUCUCUUGUGCUGCUUCUGCAGGAGCUGUUGUACAAAGGCCUGAUGAAUCUGAGCAGUGCUGUGAGUCCUGAAUCCGUGUCAAAGAUCUUGUUCUUGGAUUUCUGCUCCUCAUCGUCAAUCAUCUGUUCACUCAGGGAGUUCCUGAUCCGGACCCUCCGGUGAAGGGGCGGCUGCUGUGCGUGGAGGUCUCAGAGGUGUCUGUGCAGAUCAUCAGUACGGUUGUAGACACGGUGGCAUCUGUAGCGCCUAUUGUCAACUUCCUGCCUCUGGCCAACAGGGUAAAUCCCGAAAACCUGCUUGAGUUUGAUCAUCAGGAGAACUGUUCCAUCACAGAGACUCAUUCUUGCUUUUCUAGAACUCCUCUCAGCAGACUCAAACUCAGCUCAGUUCUGUUUGUGAAGGUCUGACUUGGACUUGUUUCUCUACCUCAGAUCUGCAUCGAGAUGGCCGAACCAGCUGGUGUCACCAAAGUCUUGGAAACCUUUAAGAUACCAUUACUCGACCCAGACACCAUUGGAAAGAUGAAAAAGUUUUCGUAAGUGAAAGUAAAGGGUUAAAGGGAUAUUCCGGCGGGAAAUUAAUUUAGGAUCAAACACGCAUAACACCGAUUUAGACACCCCGUUAAGAGAUGAAUGUUGCCGACCGCUUGCUUCUCUAGUUAUGCCAACUUUAGUAACGACUGCAGGAUAGCAAUACACAGCAGUCUGAGGAGCCAUAAACAAACCUCAACCAAAACACCACUCUAUAGCCACAAAUAAUGCUCAGAACAGCACCUAACUUCAUCAACAGUACAUAUAGGGUCACAGACAUAGUACUAGAGACUAAACAUCUUUUUAACUUUGACUAAUUUCUUUAGCAAAGAGACUAAACACAACUCACUUACUCUCUUCCAGCAGACGCUGGUUUGUAGCGAGACUUCAGGCCAGUCCAUUACGGACUACAGUGGGGUUUCGCAGCUCAAGGAAGUACAUUUAUGAUCAUUUUUUUAUCAUUUCCUUGAAGUAAUAAUCAUCAUAUUAAUCAUUUUUCACUGCAGACGCGGUAGUUCUUCUGUCUUAGCGUCUCGGUCUGAUUGUAUUUCCAUGAAGAAAUUAUCAUAAAUGUUCUUCCUUGAGCUGUGAAACCCCGCUGUAGUGGACCCAUCUGCGGUCUCUCUACAAACAAGCGGCUGCUGCAGUAGGUGAGUUGUGUUUAGUCUUUAGUCAAAGUUAAAAAGAUGUUUGGUGUCUAGUACUAUGUCUGUGACCCUAUAUGUCCUGUUGAUGAAGUUAGGUGCUGUUCUGAGCAUUAUUUGUGGCUAUAGAGUGGCGUUUUGGUUGAGGGCGUGGCUCUCUGUAUUACUAUCCUGCGGUCGUUAAUAAAAGUUGGUAUAACUAGAGAAGCAAGCGGUCGACAACAUUCAUCUCUUGACGGGGUGUCUAACUCGGUGUUACGGUGUGUUUGACCCUAAAUUAAUUUUAUGACGGAAUAUCCCCUUAAAAUAGUUUGUGUUGUUCUAACCUAUCUCCAUGAAUUCCUCUGUGUUUGAAUUGUCAUGGAAACCAAACUGAUCCGCUCUCAUUUUCUCAUCUUGUAGGAACAAAGUUCUGGGUUUUGAGAGGUGAGUCUAUCGUAGGAUUUGAACAUAUAAACACACCAACGUUUAGUUUUUACUUAACCUCAGAAGUAAUUCUGCAUUUCUCAUCGAUUGACGACCUCACUGUCGUUGAUUUCAGCAUGACGAGCCUGAGAAAGCGCCUACAAGACUCCGGUGAGGCGUCAGAGAAGUUUCAGCGCUUCAACGCCAGUGUUGAGAUCAAUCUUCCACCUUCAGCGAGUCAAACUUCAGAUCGUCCCGCUGAGUUACCAUCUACUCUGGAAACCGGCGACCGAACUGGAUGGUGCGUUUUUGAACCGAGUGCUUUUGCCAUUCAAGAGGAUGUUCAGAGCGCAGUGACUGGGAUGGUCAUGGACUCUGUUGUCGGUUCCAGUUGUGAUGAAAAUGUUGUGAAGAUGGAUGUUGAAGAGAAACCGCCAACAUCUUUGGUCUGUACAGUGGAGGCGGCCUCUGAAGUUGAGAGUGAAAACCAAGUUCCUACUUCUUCUGUACCUGAUCCUCCGUCCUCAGAGGUCACGCCUGAAGAAGAGCCUGAAGGACUCCCUCAGAUUGACACAGAUACUCUACAGGCCCUCGCUGCUGAAGUCCACCAGCACAGAGACGCCAUAGAGAGCAGAUCUCCAAACAGAUCUCCAAACACGCCAGACUUGUCCUCGGUUGAAAUUUCCUCCCAUCAGAAAGCACAACAGAGCAGCUCAAAGUCUCCAGCCGGGUCAUCAGAUCCGGAGUCCUCCUGUAGGACACGCUCAUCUUCAGCCGCAGAAGAAGUGGACCAAGUCAAACCUGUUGAGGCGUCAGCAGAGACUCCUCCAGAAGAGCUCAUGAAGGACACAAGAGACGAUGAGAGUUCAGGGGUACAGUCUGCGAAAUCUGAUGACAAAGAGGAGGAGAUCAGUGGUGCCGAUCAAACACGUGGAGACCGAGACAACAGUUCUGAAAACCAGCAAACCGGGCCUGCAGGAACCCAGACUUUGCAUGAGGAGAGCAUGCAGACUUUGGGCAGUGCUGACAACCAACCAAACCCCCCGAAAAUGGAAGGGGAAGUGUUGGAGGUGGAAGAGGAGGAGGAAAAAGAUGUGGUUGAACCCAAAAGGAGAGGCAGAGCAAAGAGGACCAGAUGGACUUGUGGUAACACUUCAACACAUUCAUGGUCUUCUUAGAUCUUUAGAUCAUUUUUCUUUUGGUCCAUCAUCAUGUUUCUACUUUUCAAUUGUCUUUGAAAACAGUGAGAAAAUCGACCAGAAGGAAAACUCAUGAACCACCUUCCUCUUCACGUGAAGCCUCCUCUUCGCUGGACAAAGAUCCGUCGAAAGUUGAGGUCCAGAAGACAGCAGAGGAAGGAGCAAAGAGACAAAGUAAUGUAGAAGAGGAAGACAGGAGGAGGACUGAGAUUAAAGGUGAGAGCCGUCCGACUCUAAGGUGUUAGCAGGAUUAGACAGCUGGAUUGAGUUUAUGUUUCUUUUGUUUAGCUUUGAUUGAACAGAGGAGAGAACUCGACGGACCUAGAGCGAAACGAUCUCGCUCUCAGUCUCCUUCUGUCCCCGCUGACCACAGACUACCAUCAUUCAAACCCAACAACCCCCUCGGUGAGUCCUCCGGAGAGAAGACGUUCUGGUGCUUCUCCCUCCUCUUAAACUCUCACGUCUGUCUUCCUCUCUUCAGGUCAGGAGUUUGUGGUCCCCAAAAUGGCUUAUUUCUGUAACCUCUGCUCUGUUUUCUACCACAACGAGAACACGGCCAAGGAGACCCACUGCAGCAGCCAGAAACACUACGACAACCUGAAGGUGAGCACAAACAGAGAAAACAUCAGUGUGCUGAAGUUUAACCUGAGACUAACAAUGUAACUUUAUUUAUUUUUUUUAGAAAUAUUACAAGAAACUUCAACAUACAUCAGCAAGAAGUUCACUCGAGAGCUCCCAGGGCUCCGUUUCUGACUGA